CCGCUGUUCAGCCUUCGGCAGCGAGCUGAGGCUGAUUGUCCCCCUCCUGUCUUACUUGCCAAUCACGUCUUGAUGCUUCCGCCCCCAAGUCUGAAAACCAGAAACUCCUCUGUACUCUGUACUUGGCAUGCUUAAAAGGCAAAGCAUGGCCGGCUGAUGGUUUUGCGACAUUGCGCUUGAGUUCUCCACGUCGUAUCUCAGCCUUGUUAGCUAUGGAAUGCAAAAGUGAGAACAUUGGAAACGCGAUCCCUGAUAUCGCUGGUGUUGGGAUCAUUUUAGCCUUUGCAAUCCUAGCGGGCCUGUCUUUGGUAUUUGCAGGCAUAGGCUACUGCGCAACUCUGCAAGCAAGAUGGAAGCAUUCUGACGCCUCGGGCGAUUUUAUUCUGGAAAAUAACCGGGAAAUGAAACGAAUGCAGUUCUCCCGUUUACGAAGACUUGAGCUUACGGAAAAGGUCCUGGGGUCAAUCAGCGAAGUUCAGCUUUUCAACGGAAUCGCGCUCCUCACUGCUGCAAUGGUUCAGAGGAACAGCCUAAGCCUCUAUCAUCUCCAUGUGGUUUACGACACUGUCAAUUUCACAGCCGUGUCAUUCACAGCCUCGAUAUUUGUCUUCUGGCUUUCUCGAAAGAUACAAAAGCAGAAUGUCGACAAUGGGCAUCGGAACAAUACUUGAUGAGAACUUCUACAGAUAUGGCGUUUACUAUGGAUGAAGUUUCUUGUAUCCAAUGCGCUGUGGAUCACCGUUUUUUGUAUACUCUACCUGGUCUUUGCGGUCCUUUUCGGUAUAGCUUUAGGAAGAUGGGAUGUCGAUGAGUUUGGCUCUUGCUACCGCGA